AUGUUCGAAUAUUUGAAAUCGCAAAAUUCCAUUUUCGAUAUCAAUGAUAGAUCAACCUGGGUUGAACGAAACCUGCCAUUUCACAGUCCUCAUAACGUCUUUUUGCUUUAUGAGUGCAGUCAUGAGGAUUUUAUGUGGGAUGUAAGAGCAGAGUCCGGUGUGCUUGAAGCGUAUUCAAGACUCUGGGAUACCGAAAAAUUGCUGAUAUCUUUUGAUGGGUUUAACCUGGGGUUUCCCCACCGUCCUGAUCGUGAUGGUGUCAGUCCAGCUUGGCCCCGGAAUCAGAUCCUGAGAGUGAUAUGA